GAAAAAAACCGUUCCUCGUGAUUGUACAUAUAAAUAUAUGUAUAUCUGUAGUUAUGUUCGCGUUGUGCUUCAAUCCACUUUGUCUUAUUCAGUUGACUGGGAAAAUACAACAAGCCUCGUGCUGAUAAUUGCUUCUUUUUUUUUCCUGGCUAAUGAAUGUGUCUGAUUUGGCUUUUUCCUUGAGCAUUCGCAAUCACGACCGAGUGGUUGUUGUAACUUUUAGUUUUUACACGACGUCGAUCGAAGGACGAUUUCAUGUUUUUUUGUGUGAGUUUUAUUUGCACAUUGUUUGCUUCCGCGAAAGGCGGUAGGUUGGUGGGGGUUGACUUGCAGUUACCCUGGCAGUGAAGAAUUUGGGGGACUGCUUAUGGUGAGCCUUAGGAGGCGCAGGCUCUUGGGAUUGUGCUCUGGGAAGAAUUCUGUUUUAGAUCCAUUUUCAAGCUUUCCUAAUCAUGGACGAACUCCUGAAGACAGCACGGGGAAUGCAAAGCCGGUCAAGGGAUGCCCUUUGCCUUUAAACAACGGUUGCGCUCCAAAAGAAGAAACAACCUCGGAUACUGCACACGGUUCUCCGGAUUUGUCUGUUUCCAGUCAGUCGAGGGAGAAAGCCCUUCAAGUGUUUCCUGGGAUCAAGCACAGAAAGCGAUACAAGAGGAAGCUCGUUCAAGAUCAGGAGCCAUGCACAAUGCGGGGAGUCUACUUCAAGAACAGAAAAUGGCAAGCCGCCAUUAAAGUCGACAAGAAACAGAUCCACUUGGGGACUGUCGCCUCUGAGGAAGAGGCUGCUCGACUAUACGACAGGGCUGCAUUUAUGUGCGGGCGAGAGCCCAACUUCGAACUCUCCAAGGAGGAAAAGCAGGAGCUCAGGAAGUACAGCUGGGACGAGUUCUUAGCCGUGACGAGACAUGCCAUUGCAAACAAGAAAAACCAGAAAAGAACCGAGCCGCAGUCGCAAACCUAACCGGAAAGGUUAGGCCGAGCCGUCGUGUUCCGGCUUUGGAACCGGCCAUUGAUUGUUCUCCUGUUUCUUUCAGGUAUGUACAUAGUUUUUCUCUGCUAGUUUUUGAGAAGAAGAUUGAAAUGGGAUGGUGUUGAUCUGCUUGCGUAUAUGAUUCAAUUCAAUUGUUGGAGUCUAUAUACGUACAUAUAUAUAUAUAUAUAUAUAGGUUCGAAUUAUCAUUGUGUAUUACUAUUAAUUUGAUGGUAGAAUUAUAUUAUUUAAUAAAUUAAAAGUCACAAAGUUAUAUAUUCCUUUAGUAAUUU